GAAAGAGUGAGUCAUACGUUGUGUGCGAUUAGUGGCGACACAAGUGUUGUGACAGUAAUUGAUGUCAAUAUUGGGUUCACUUGUGUUGACAUUUGAUCCGCUCUGCGAUCACCUCUAGUCAGUCGAUCACAGCCCAAGACAUUGACCACCGCGAAGGACAAUGGCUCUCAAACUACUGGUCGGACAGAAGAUCCUGAACGACGUGGUGCGGUCGUCGCACAAGAAGGGCGAGUGGAAGGUCUUAAUCGUGGACCCGUUGGGGAUGCGGAUGAUCUCCUCGUGCACUAAAAUGCACGAAAUCGCCAACGAAGGCAUCACUAUUGUCGAGGAUAUCGGCAAAAAGCGGGAACCGUUGCCUAAUAUGGAAGCCAUUUAUCUC